AAUUGAUAUCCAUAUUGAUGUUUAUUAUAUUUCGAAAUAUUCGAAAAUGCCGCUGACUAAUGAGUGAACUGUGAAUAGGCAUUAAUGUUUAAUGUCCAAAUCAUUUCUUUGCAUGAACCAUGUUUCAGUCGAUCCGCGAAUGUGAAACUUUUUUGAGAUAAAACAACAGCAAAAACGAAAGGGGGAAAAUAGGGACAGAGAAACCCUAACGCCGAGAAAUCACGGGUAACGUCGUCGCAAAUCGCCGCCGCGGCCGGAGAUCGGCGAUGGCCAGUAACUCCACAAAAUCCCCCUCCGCCGCCGGAGCCGUCGCAGCCGUUCCAGCUUCCCCGACGCUGGCAAAAUCUAUAGAUUUAUCUCUCGAUUCGACGAUGCCGAGGCCGCGCCUCUCCGCUGAUCAGCUGCGCCACUGCUCCGAAGCUCUCCAGCACUUCAAAACUAAAGUUCCGCAGAAGAUCCGCCAAGAAUUCAUGACCUUGCAGGCAAAUAGGAUGACAGCCUUGGAUAUGAGGAGUAGAUGUACUGUUGCUCUUGACAGCGUUAAUAUCUCAAAGAACCGUUACACUGAUGUCUUGCCAUUUGACGAUAACAGGGUUACCUUGAAGCAGUGCGCAGAUUACAGAUCUUCUGCUAGGGGUUAUGUCAAUGCUAGUUUUAUCACGACUUCUGAAAACGUUUCUCGGUUUAUUGCGACUCAAGGUCCACUUUCACAUACUUCUGAGGAUUUCUGGGAAAUGAUAAUCCAGUAUCAAUGCCCAGUCAUAGUUAUGCUAACCCGGUUGGUUGACAAUUACCGUACACUGAAGUGUGUUGAUUAUUUCCAAGCCGAGAAUGGGCCUAGAGAGUUUGGUAACAUAUGCAUUGCCACCAAGAAGAUGGAAACAGCAGAUACUUCAUUAAUAUGGCGAUCCUUAGAAGUGAAGUACAAAGAGUCAGAGGAGCCACCGUUGUCAGUGUUGCACGUACAGUACCCUGAAUGGCCUGAUCACGGAGUUCCUAAAGACACUCUUGCUGUUCGUGAAAUCUUCAGAAGAAUAUCUAGUGUACCACCAAGUCUUGGGCCCAUCGUUGUUCAUUGCAGUGCAGGCAUUGGUAGAACUGGUACAUACUGCCUCAUUCAUAAUACUAUUCAAAGAGUUCUAAAUGGAGACAUGAGUGCUUUGGACCUUGUUACUACCGUAACCACUUUUAGGUCUCAGCGGAUUGGAAUGGUGCAAACUCUGGAGCAGUAUCUAUUCUGCCAUGAUGUGAUCAUUGAUGAACUCAAAGACUUCUUAUCAGAUGGGAACUCCCACGGCAGUUUAUAAAUGAUAUUCACGGUUUCAUGAGGAAGUCAUCCUGAUAGGCUUCUGAAACAGUUGAAUUCAUAUUCCCGUCAAACCUCCAUCUCGCUCUUGCUCAACGACCUUAGUCUGAUGACAAGCAGCACAGAAGAGUCCGGUCACAUCUUAUUAACCCAGAAAUUGCAAAAGCUUCUUCUCUUCCACCAUUUUUCUGUAGGGGGACGACUAACAGUGGCAAAAUCCAACAUAUUUCUGUAAUAUUUGGUGUAUAAAAACUACACUCGCUGCAUAAGAAGCUCGAGCUCAUUGAGUUCUGUUGCUUUCUAGGAUGGUAGGGCUGGAGAUAUUGUGCUACUACAUUGAUUGUUUGAAACAAAAUCGUGAUUUAGGUGCCAUUUUCAAA